AUGAUGGAUAUUACUCCUACUGUAACAUCCGAUGACGAUAUGGCAGCUGAACUCGUGCUCAUACGCGAGCACUACCGGGAGAGUCAGCACCAAACGGACAACUCGUACCUGAAGAAGCUCCACGCGACAUACGACACGGACGGUACCAUAAGGGUUGAUUUGUGUAUGGCUAAUGCGCAGACGAGCGGUACAGUGAGGAAUCCUAUCCUCAUACUAUCGUCUCAUCCUCUCUGCGAUAAGAUAAUCGCGCAUUAUCAUUAUCAGCUCUUUCACGCAGGACCGUCGCAUCUGAUUACUGCUUUACGUGAGAGGUGUGUAACUUGUAAGAGAUAUCAAGGUCGCGCGUAUGUUUACGCGCGCGCACCCGAUCUACCUAUUUUGGGACUACACACCUCACCAGAUGGCAGUAUAAGAUCAGCCAAACUUGGAACGGGCAAGAGAGGAGUAGUCGAACAUGCAACAAAUCAUUUAUUGCCCUUGGAAGUAGUAGAGGAGGAAGAUCCGGAACGCGAUUGUCAACAUCGCGCAAAAGCAAAAAAGCAUCAUCGUGGAGCGUCUAGAACAUGA